GGAGGCAGGCGGGCUGUGCGGGAGCUGCGCGGAGCUCGGAGGAACGCACGGACGGACGGAGCUCCGCUGCCCGCCGCGGCCGGGCGGGCGCAGAUGGGCGGCAGCGGGGCGGCGGCAGCAGCGGCAGCAGCAGCGGCAGCGGCAGCAUCGGGAGCGGCGCAGCAGCAGCGGCGGAGCGGCCGCGGCUGAGCUUCGCCGCGCAGCGCCCCGCGCCAUGCGGAGCGCGCCGCUGGCCGAGGGCGAGCCCUGGCCGCGCCUGUGCCCCGCCGAGCUCGGCGGGCUGCGGCGGCUGCGGCGCAAGCACGGCGCCUGCAAAAGUUUCCGCGUGGAGCUCAAAGUGCUGAGCGGGCGGCGGACCGCGCUCCGCGCCCCCCCCGCAAUGCCGCCCCCCGCCGCCACCGCCGCCGCCGCCGCGCCGCCCGCCUGGGAGCCGCGCAGCGCCGCGCUCGGCCCCGCCGCCGCCAGCAGCGCCUUCCCCGCCGCCCCGCCGCCGCCGCCCGCCGCUUCCCCGCGCCCGCGGCCGGGCGAGGCGUCCGGCGUCUCGCCCGAGAUCAAAGCGCUGCAGCAGACGCGGCGGCUGCUGGCCAACGCCCGGGAGAGGACCCGCGUCCACACCAUCAGCGCCGCCUUCGAGGCGCUGCGCAAGCAGGUUCCCUGCUAUUCUUAUGGUCAAAAGUUGUCCAAACUGGCCAUCUUGAGAAUAGCCUGUAACUAUAUCCUUUCCCUGGCCAGACUAGCAGACCUGGAUUACAGCGCUGACCACAGUAACAUGAGCUUCUCUGAAUGCGUGGAGCAGUGCACUAGGACCUUACAAGCAGAAGGAAGAUCUAAAAAAAGGAAGGAGUAACAACCAGCAAGGGAGGAUUCACAAGAGCUUCCAGCCAGAGCUACGUCUGGUCUUGGCAAAGGUUGCACGAUCCAGAUGAAGACUGAAAGCAGCUUUUUUGCAGAAACCCCUAUUGGAGAUGACGAUUGGCCAAGGAACUUUCUUAAUCUCUGGAACAGAAAGGAAAAAAGGAAAAGGAAAGGAAAAACAAAAGGACAGGGAUGCUUCUUAUUGUUGUUAAGCCAGCCACCUUUUCGUACGUGCAAUUUAUUUAGCACUUUUCCCUUUGCUUAACUGGGAAAUGUUACCCUCUCAGCUCAUGUGUACAGUAAUUUUUUGUUGUUGUUGUUGUUGCUGUUGUGCCAAAGAUUUGAUGGAGCUUCUACACUGUGUCUUAUUGUUGCCUUAAUGUUAAACCUUUGAGCCAAAGAAAAGUCAGAGGAGCCAUUCAGAUCGUGGCAAGCAGGCCAGCCAGCUGUGGGUGACAAAGCCCAAUUUCUGUACCCUUCUGCGAGUUACCUCUUAUUUCUGCAGCCUGCACUUCCCUGGAGCCAGCAUUUGGUGUGGGCAAGAGCUGGGACAACACAAAACCAUUCUGUGGUGUUCAGGUUUGCUUCUUCCUUUGAGCUACUCUGUAGUUCUGCCUUUUGGGCAAUUUCCUGAUGUUCCUGCCUGUGCAACACAUCCACAGGGUGAAAGUACUGACACGAAGUGAGAGCUGAAACAGGAGCUAUGAAUUUAUUUUUUUU